GUCUAGACUCACUUUUUUAUGGUAUUUUGUCAAGUAAGCAAGGUUAUUGAUACAUACAACACUUGGUUUAUUGAGCACUUACCUUCAUCCUGCAUUUUACAGAGGUGUUUGAUUAUCUUUGCUUCCCUUCUUUGUGUUUUUUCCCCCUUUCUUUCCCUUGUGUCCCAAAAGAAAAUUGAAAAUUGAAAAUUCAAAAUUUUAGGGGACGACUUGCCAGAAUCCUAGAUGCUCAAGCGUAAUAGAACACCGAUUUUAUAUCGUAUUUUUAAAUCUUCCCUUUUUUUUUCUUUUUCUUUUCUUUUUUUCCCUGAAAGAAGCCUUGCAAGAUACACAUACGCAUAUACAGUAAAUGCAAGGGA